AUGGUGAUCUUCACACGGGCGGGGCGAGCCAAGGUCAUCGAAGAUCAUAAGAAAGCCCUCGAAUCGGCAGAAGCAGUCUUUUCGGAUCGAUACGCAAAGAAUGAGUGCGGGAAGAAAGACCUCGCAAAGUUCGUAAUCCAGAAUGCGGUCGAAAGCGGCGGUUUCGGGGUGGUGUUCAAAGCCGAAAUGGAUGGCGAACUCUAUGCAAUCAAACGACAGCGGAAAGAAGGAAAUCAUACGCUGUUCAUCAGGGAGAAGAAAAUUCUGUACGCGCUCAGCAAGAGUAUCUUCAUCGUGGAACUCUUUUGGACUUGGAAAACUCGCGAUUAUUGUUACCUCAUAAUGGAUUACGCGCCAUACGGUGAUCUCUACCGGAUCGAGCGAAUCCCUCACACGGAAGAAAGAGUCAAACUGCUACUCUGUCAAGUUGUGAUGGGUCUCCAAUUUAUUCACGCGAGCAAUGUUAUUUUCCGAGACUUGAAACCUGCGAAUAUCCUAGUCUACGAAAGAGUGUACGCGAAGAAACCAUACACUUGUGCAGUCGACUGGUGGGCGUUCGGAAUUACGAUGUUUGAACUCAUGACAGCCAAGGGCGUGAGUCCUUUCCAUCCCGUCGGCACAAGCCUCGACGAUGUAGCAAAAUUUACUGCAGAAAAUGAGCCCGAGGGUUUGGAUAGGUUCAGUGACGCGGCAAAAGAUUUGUUGACUAAAUUACUCAACAAAGAUCCCGCACAGAGACUGGGCUCAGGCCUUGGAGGCUGCGACGUCAUAAAGAAACAUGAAUGGUUUUCGGGCAUCGAUUUUGACA